UUCAAAAUGAAUUCUAUUGAAAUCAAUAGUCAAGAUGAUAGGAAUAAAGUGGCAGUAAUUGGUUAUGGUUUUAGAUUACCAAAAAACUCAAAUCCCGAAGAACUAUUCAAUACUUUAAAAAAUGGGAUAGAUUGUAUCGAUAACGCAGUAGACAAAAGAUGGGCAAAGACCUAUAAUGAUUUGGGGUACAUUAAAACUCAAUAUGCAGGUUUGGUAGAUUUAGAAACGGAAUGGAAGAAAUUCGAUCCUCUCUUUUUUGGUAUUAAUCCUACUGAGGCUCCAACUAUUGAUUGUCAACAAAGAGUAUUGAUGAAAACAAUUUAUGAAGCAUUUGAAAACGCCCAUAUCGAUCCAACUAAACUACGUGGUUCAAAUACUUCUGUAUUUGUUGGUGCAAGUACAGCAGAUUUUCAAUCUCAGUUUAACCUUGAUAUUCAUAAACAUGUAAAUUUAUUUAAUAAUAAUUUACAUACAAUUUCAAAUAGAAUUUCCUAUUGCUUUGAUUUUCGUGGCGCAUCCCUAAGUAUCGAUACUGCAUGCUCAAGUUCAUUAAAUGCUGUUCUUUUAGGAUAUAAGAGUAUUGUUGAUGGAGAAUCAGAAUUAUCGGUUGCUGGUGGCUGUAAUUUAAUAUUGGAUCCUACAUCAACCAAAACUGCAAGUUAUUUAGGUAUUCUUGGUACAAGUGGCAAAUGUAAAUCAUUCGAUGAAGAUGCAGAUGGUUUCAUUAGAGCCGAGGGUGCAGGUUGUGUAAUAUUGAAAAGACUAUCCAGUGCAAUUAGAGAUGGCGACAGAGUUUAUUGUGUAAUCAAUGGCGGUAGUUCAAAUGUCGAUGGUAAUUUUAAUAAAAAUAGCUUAUUUUCACCAUCAAAGCUUUCUCAAUAUCAAAAUAUUCUCUCAUCACUAAAGUCGUCAAAUAUUCAUCCAUCUGAUAUUAGGUUUGUAGAGUGUCAUGGAACUGGUACAAAAGUAGGUGAUCCAAUUGAAUGUGAAGCUAUCUCAAUGAUUUUUAAAGAUCAUUUCACAAAAGAUAACCCAUUAUAUAUAGGUACCAUUAAAUCAAAUCUUGGCCAUUGUGAAACUGUAUCAGGUGUUGCAUCUCUCAUCAAAUGUUGCUUAAUGUUUCAACACAAACAACUCUUACCAAAUAUUAAUUUUAAAACACCAAAUUCAAAUAUCCUCUUUGAAGAAUGGAAAUUAAAAGUCGUUACAGAAUCAAUACCUUUUGAAUCAAUAUCAUCAGAUAGAGGCAGUUGUAAACCAAUUUCAAUGGUAAUCAAUAACUUUGGUGUAACAGGUUCAAAUUGUUGCUUGGUAUUAACUGAAUAUUCAAACGAACAUCUAUCUAAUGGUGACAAAGAGAAUGAUAUAGACGGUGCUAAUUCUAUGGAAGACUCUGAAAAGGAAUAUCUUUUACCAUUUUCGGCCAAUUCAAAGAGAUCUUUAGAAAUGUACCAUUUUAAAUUAUACAAUAGCUUAAUCUUAAAUAAUAUUAAAGUUUUAGACCUUAUCAAACAUCAAAUCUAUUCAAAAUCAUUAUCUUUUCCCCAAAGAGAUGUUGUAGUUUUUAAAGACUGGAGCUCAUUAAAAAGUAUCACUUUAAAUGAACCAAAUGAAAAUAUGACUGAGAAACCAACAACCAUAAAAAAAGUAGUCACUGAAAAUAAUAAAUCAUCAAAUUUAAGCACAGAUAUAAAAAACCCACCAUUAGUUUUCGUAUUUUCAGGACAAGGUAGCCAUUCAAAUAAAAUGGGUUUAGAGCUUUACAACAAAGACAAAAUAUUUAAAGAAUCAAUUGACAACGUUGACAACAUGCUGAUGAAAUACUAUGGUUAUUCAAUAUUAGAAAAACUUAGAUCGAUUGCCGACGAUGAUUUAUUUUCAAUAAAUGACCCAUUAAUUGCACAACCAAGUAUAUUUAUGAUUCAAGUCUCAUUAUUUAAUCUUUAUAAGCACUGGGGUAUUCAUCCAUUAGUUUUAGUUGGUCAUAGUUUUGGUGAAGUUACAGCAUCAUAUUGUUCAGGAAUUAUAUCACUUGAUACUGCAUGCUAUAUUAUUUAUGAAAGAAGUAGAUUGCAACAUAAAACUAUUGGUAGUGGAAGAAUGUUGUCGAUUUCUAUCGGUGAGCAAGAGUUUAAAGAUGAAUACUCAUCACAAUAUCCCUCAAUCGAAAUUAGUUGUUACAAUUCCCCAUCAUCAAUCGUAAUAAGUGGUAAAGAAAGUGAAUUGGUUGAAAUUUCAAAUAAAUUAAAGGAAAAGGAGAUCUUUUGUGCAAUGUUGGGUACACACGCAUCAUAUCAUACCUCAAGCCAAGAAAUGAUUAAAGAUGAAUUAUUUAACAUUAACAAAUAUGAAUUUAAUGAAUUGCCAAACAUUGCAACAUUUUCAACAGUUUCGGGUAACCAAUUUGAUAUUGAUCAGCAAUUUAACAAAGAGUAUUUAUAUGAUAACCUUAGAAAACCAGUAUUAUUUAGCAAAGCAAUUUCCAAUAUUAUGGAGUAUAUCAAAUCAAAUAAUUUGGGUUCAAAUCCAGUGUUUUUAGAAAUAUCACCCCAUCCAGUGUUAUCCUAUUAUUUGAAACAAAUAGCUUAUGAUUUUUGUAAUGAUGAAGAAAUAUACUUUAGUAAGAGUUCCAUAGCAUUUAUUUCAUCACUAAACAAAAACAAAUCAGACAUACAGGAAAUUCAAACAACAAUAUCAAAAGUAUACUGCAGUGGUUAUAGUGUCGACUUUACAUGUCAAUUUACUGAUAGUGAAAAGAAAGAUUUAACCUUUAAGUUACACACUGACAGCCUUCCACACUAUCAAUUUGACGAAAAAGACUACUGGUUCGAGAACAAAACAUUUUUAAGACGUAGAUUGGAGGGUCCAUCAAAUAGCCAAUUGGGUAUUGAGAAUGACUCAUCACCAUUCAUUUCAAGAAUGGCUGUAAUUGACCUAAAGAAUGAACCAUUCCAAUUCUAUAAGAACCAUCAAGUUAAAAACAAAUACUUUUUACCAGGAUGCUCAUAUAUUUCCAAUAUCUUAAGUUUGUUCAAAGGAAAAGAUAUAAACAUUACCCAAUUAGAGUUUAAAACACCUCUUAUCUUAACUGAAGGUUCAAGCAAAUAUUUACAGACCAAUAUUUAUAAAACAUCAAGGAAUGAAUUUAAAGUUCACUUUCACUUCAAAGAUGAUAUUGAUAGCGAGAGAUGGAUCCAAACUUCAACAGGUAAAAUAUUACAACUUGACCAUUCGGAAACUGUAGUAAACCAUAAAUACAAUAUCAAAGAAUUAAAAGCUCAGUGUAACUAUACCUCUUUAAAGAAAUUUGAAUUAUACAUGCAAAUUAAAGCUCAAACUUGUCUUGGCUAUUCAGGAUGUUUUCAAAGAGUAGAGAAAUGUUAUAUUGGUCAAAAUAAAACAUUAACAAAAGUUGCUCUACAUCCCCCAAAUUCUCAAGUUGAUAACCAACAUUUUUUUAGUCCAUCUAUAUUGGAUAGUUGUCUCCAUGGUAUGGUCGGUGGUUUCGAUGGAUUCUCUCAAAUUGUAUUUGACAGAGUUGAAGAUUACAAAGUUUAUUCAAAGAAUAUACCAGAAACAAGAGAUGAUCAUACCCAUAUUUAUGUUUAUUCAGAAUCAGAAAAGAGAGUAGGUGAUUCGUUUUUCUCCUCUGUUUUAAUAAUGCUUAAAGAUGGAACCCCACUAAUUGAGGCUUCAAGAAUUGUUUGCACAUCAUUAACACCAAUUAGAGACAAUCUUAACAUUGAAUAUCCAUACAAAUCAUUUUUUACUUUUAAUUUUCAACCAAAAGACUCUCAAAUAAAAAUUCAAGAUUUUGAUGCUAAUGAACCUAUUGGCAAAAUUAUCAAAAACUCACUUGAACCAAUUUCAAAUCAAAAAUAUGUGGUUAGAAUAUUAGAAAUUUAUAAUGAAAUAAUUAAAGAGAAUGAAGGAGAUAACAAUCAAAAUCAAAAUGAAAAAGAAAAAGAAAAAGAAAAUGAAAUAGAAAAAGAAAAAGAAAUGGACAAUAUCCUCAAUGAAAGUAUUCUAAAAACUCAAAAUAUAUUAGAACAGAUAAACUCAUUAUAUGAAAAUGAAUUAUUUGAAUUAGAUAUCGAAUAUACCUUAACAAAUAUUCAAGAAGAUUUUAAAAGAGAUAUUAAAAAUAAACUAUCAUUUUUCAAAGGUAGUUUAUUAUUUAAAACAAUCGAAAUCAACGAACCAAUCAUUCAAACAUUUAAUCCACAAAAAGAAUAUUCUAUCAAUCCAUCAUACUAUGAUUUUAUUUUAUUGUCAAGUGAUUUAAAUUCAAUAAACUCUUUAAAAUCAACAUUAUCAGAACUUUACAAAUUAUCAACACCAAAUGGUAAAUUAAUAAUUCCCAAGGGUAUUACUUUAGAUGAUGAAUCUGUUAAUGAUCAACUCGAAUCUACCGCAUGCCAAGUUGGGUUCAUUAAUAAUAGAGAUCAAAAUAAUUCUAAUGUAAUAUUAUUAGAAAAACCAACAAUAACAAACCAAAUUUUAAACAAUAAUCAAUUACCAUUUUAUGAUCAGGUAAUUAUUUUUGGCGAAUGUAGCUCUCAGAUAUCAACAAAUUUUAAAUCCAAAAUCAUUUCGGCAUAUUCCAGUAACAAUAGUAAAAUAAUUAAAGAAAUUAAAACUAUUGAAGAUUUUAAUAGCCAUAUCAUCUCAAAUCCACCUUCAGACAACUCUGUAAUUUACUUUAUAUCCACUAUUGAUCAAGUAACUGUCGAUAAUUUUAAGAAAAUAACAUUAGACUAUGUCAACAUUAAUCAAUAUUUAGUAAAAGAAAAUAAAACAAUCAAACAUAUAUUAGUUACAACAUAUUCUGAAAAAGAAUCAAAAAAUUAUUUAGCAGGUUCAGUUGUUGGUGGAAUGACCUUUUUCCAUGAAGUUCAGCCAUUAUUGUUCCUUAUUGACUUUGAUAAUGAAUCCAUUGAAGCUUCAAAUGUUAUUGAAACGAUAGAAACUCUUAUUGACCCAAGUAGCAAUAUCCAAAGAGAAUAUAUCAUUAGAAACAAUAUCGCAUAUUUUGAAAGGGCUAAACUAGAAAAAUAUACACCCACCAAAUUUAAAUCAACAACCUAUCAAAACCAAGAUAACCUUUAUGCAAGAUUAGAUUCAAAUUUAGAAUAUCAAUUGGACUCAAAAGAUCCAUUAUUGGAAGAUAGUAUUGAAGUUGAAGUUAAAGCUGUUGGUAUUAACUUUAAAGAUAACCUUAUCUAUCGUGGCUUGGUACCACCAGAAUUAAGAAGCUCCAAAGGCGAUAUUCAUAAACCAGAAUUUGGUUUGGAUUGCUCUGGUAUUGUAACAAGAGUUGGUUCCAAUGUUACCGAAUUCAAAAUUGGUGAUGAAGUAUUCGGCCCAACUCGAAAUGCAACCUCAUCAACUAUUAUCGAUGAUAAGUGCAAAUUUUUGAUAAAGCCAUCAUGUAUCUCUUUCACACAAGCUGCUUCAAUUCCAUCAGUAUAUUUAACAUGUUUAUAUAGUUUCUUGAAAGUUGGUCAUUUAUCAAUAAAGAACAAAGAUACAGUAUUAAUCCAUAGUGCAACCGGUGGUGUCGGUUUAUCAGCAAUUAAUAUACUUAAAUUCUUGGGUUUCAAUUCCUAUUUAUUUGUUACAGUUAGUUCAAAAGAAAAAGAAGAGUAUCUAAGAAAUACAUAUGGUGAUUUUAUAACUGGAAUAUAUUCAUCAAAAGAUUCCCAUUUCGAAAGAAAAAUUAAAGAAAAGUUAAAGCAACUUGGAUCAAAGAAAACUGGUGUAGAUAUACUUUUAAAUACAUUAUCAAACGAAUUUUUAGAUGCAAAUUUUAGAGUUAUUGCACCAAUGGGCAGAUUUAUUGACCUAUCAGUAACCCAUUUAAAUAUUCAUGAAUAUACCGAUUUCAACAAAUUCAAAUGGAACAUUAGCUACCAUAAUAUUGAAUUAACAUCAAUCCCACCAGAAAUUCUAUUAAAACUAAUGAAAAAACUAUUAAAUGGUUUAGAAAGUAACCAGUUAGAUUUGAUACCAAUCAAUGAAUAUUCAGUUUCAAACAUUAAAGAUGCAAUCGAAUUUAUUGGGGAAAGAAAGAAUAUCGGCAAAAUUGUUAUAAAUAUUGACCAAGAUUUAAUUACACCAUUACUAGAGAAAAAGAAUAAAUCAAACCAGAUUAUUUUACAACCACCAAAUGAAUAUAGAAUUGAUCCUCAAUCAUUGGGUGAAACAAUUUUAGUUACAGGUCAAGGUGGUCUCAUAUUUGAGGUAAUGAAAUGGAUUUCUAAGUACUCUGACUCGGUUAAACAUAUAAUCGUAUUAUCAAAAUCAGAACUAAAAUGGGAACUAAAGUAUUUAAUCAAUAAGAUAAAAAAUGAACAAGAUGGCAAAAUCAAAUUUUAUUUCAAGAGUGUCGAUGUAUCAAUUAUUGAUGAUCUGGAAGGUGCAAUUGAUUCAAUCUAUAAUGAAAAUCCAACAAUACCACCAAUAGAUGUAGUAUUCCAUUUUGCAUUCAGCUAUACCAAUGUAUUUGAACCAAAAUUUAUUAAUAUGGAUCAUAUCGAAAUAUCGCAUGCUGCUAAAACUAUGGGUGCUUUAAAUCUACACAAUAUUUCAGUGAAAAGAAAUUGGAAGCUAAAAAAUUUUGUUACCACUUCAUCAGUUGCUUCUGCUUUUGGUAGUACAAAUCAAAUGGGUUAUGUUUCAGCUAAUAGUGUUUUGGAUGCUCUUGGUCGAUAUAGAAAGUCAAUAGGAUUACCAAUUAUGAAUGUUAACUGGGGCUUGGUAGGAUCAGCAGGUAUCAUUACAAAACAAGUUUCAAUUGCAAGUUUGCUUGAAGGUCAAGGUAUCAGCAAUAUACCAUGUAAUGUUUUUCUUGGUUCAAUUGAUUUACUAUUACAAAAUCCAACUUAUUGUGCCGAUUUAAUGAUUCAUAACUUUAACUUUGAUGCUUUAGAAAACAAUGCAUGGCCAUAUAAACAAAUCAAAUACAAAUAUGACUAUCUCUUUAAUGCAGUUCAAUCAAGAAAGAAGCUUUUUAACAAGAAUGAAUCAUCAAUUAGAGAUGAACUUAUUAACAAAAUUGCCGAAAGUUUAUCAAUUGAACCAUCUCGUUUAAACCUUGAUAGCCGUAUUAUUGAUUUUGGAUUUGAUAGUUUAGCUGUAGUUCAAUUUAAGAAUUGGUUGGAUAAAAAUUAUGCUGAAAAUUUAUUUACUAUUAUCCAAUUACAAAAUCUUACCAUUAACCAAAUUAUUCAAACAAUAAUAAACAAAGUAAAUAAUAAUGGUACCGAUAAAAAAAAUUAUCAAAACAGCAAUAGUAAUAACUUUAAACCAACAAUAACUUUUAGCAAAACUUUAAUAGAUUGGGAAAGUGAAAUCUUAUUAGAUGGAGAUAUAAAAUCAAAUAAAGAUGGUUUAAUGAAAUCAAUAGAAUCAAUUAGUUCACCAUUAAAAAUAUUGUUAACAGGAUGCACUGGUAAUAUAGGUUCACAUUUAUUAGAAAAAUUGUUAAAGGUUGAAAAUUGUGAAACUAUAUUCUGCUUAGUUAGAAAUGUAAAAAAUUCAUUAGAAGCUGAUCAAAAGAUACAAACAACUUUAAAAAACUAUGAUCAAAUAAACGAAAAAGAUCGUAAAAAGAUUAUCCCGGUAAUUGGAGAUUUGGACAAACAAAAUCUUGGUCUUUCAGAUUCUGAAUAUCAACAUCUAGCAAAAUCAGUUCAGAUAAUUAUCAAUUUAGCAUCCAAUAAUAAUUUCAACUCUGCAUAUGACGAGUGUAAAGAAACUAAUGUACAGGGUGUUAGAGAAAUUAUUAAAAUAUCUGCAUCAUCAUCAUUCAAAAGAAUUAUCCAUAUUACACCUUCAUUUUUAUCUUUUAAUCAAAAUAUAUUCGACACAGACCAACAGUUACCAAUAUUUAGCAAUGAACAAAAUAAUUUUAGUGGUUAUUUAAAUUCAAAAUCAGUCUCUGAACACUUAAUUCAACAAUAUUCAACACAAUGCGAUGUACCCUGCUUAAUAUUAAGAUCACCAUUCAUAAUAUCAACCUCAAGCAAUAACAAUCUAAUGUACUCACUCAUAGAAAGCUGCAUAUUGACUGGUUCAUACCCAAUUAAUGUCAAUUUCAAAACAAAUACAGCUCCAAUAAACUGGCUAUCAGAAAGUAUUAUUAAUACAGUUUUCAAUGAUAAU